CAUCGGUUUCUAGUCUCUACGCCCGGCUGCGUAUUUUACGUACCGCGAUCGCCUUUGUUUACUCGUCCACGCGAGAUAACCAGCUGUUUGUGUCGCUCCCAUAUAUUUUAGUGAAAUCUCAGUGUACCAAUCCAUAGUGCAGUGCUCGUGCGUACAGUGAGUUCAUGGAUACCCCGGGAUAUUAUUAGAACGUGUGCUAAAGGCGGCCCAGCCAUGGCUGCCACGGCUCGCCGCGAGAUCGACACCGGCGAGGAAGACAUCGCCGCGAUCGCCAAACAAAUAUCUGACCACGCUGAAGCAAUCUAUCAAACGUGGAAAGCGCGCGGUCUAGCACCCACCGAAAUAUUGUCAUGCAGGCCCACGCCCGGCCUUAAACUGACGGAGAGUUUGCGAACAAAGCCAAAACCGGAACCGAAGCCCGAAAUAAAACAGCGCCCUGAAUUUCGUAGAGAACGCCCUGAAAUACGUGAGCAACGGCCGGAUCUACGGAGAGAUCAGAGACCUGAACUCAGAGAUACUCACUCGGAAACUGAGAGGGAAGCGAUGAAUCUGCCUCCCGAUUUAGUUCCAGAGCGUAAUGGCAGCGCCAAUCCCUCAAUUGGGAGACGGGACAACGCUGCUAUGCGGCUGGAAGUCGCACGCGAGGAGGAACGGCUCCUUAGGGCACUCCGUACCGGUGGAGUGGUUGCAGAACGUCCAUCAGAAAGGCCUGAUGUGGUACCUCCUAUUUCGCUAGUAGAUUACGCAAAGAGUCGGUACCAAGAUCGACUAGAUACAGGCGCGAGGAAGCCAGUAGCCGGCGCGAGUGGUGAACGACGAGCUUCCCUCGGCUCCCAUGUGACGGAGGCGAGGUCGAAGUUCGAAGCUCGAGCGCGCCGGUCCUCCAGCGCUGGUGCAGCUGAGUCUGGCUCAGCCACCGGUCAGACACCAGUUCGACCGUUCCUUACACGAGGCUCUGUAGCAGAGAGAGUGCUUAUGUUUGAGCGCUGUCCCAGUGAAGCGACAUUAGAACUUGCAAAGCGAAAGUCACCAGCUGCAACUACUUGGCGAGGACCCCACGACGUCAUCAAUAGAGCACAGAACUAUGCAGCAUCGACACCACCAAAGCCUUCGUCAGCGCCGCCCCACACGACACUCCAGAGGUCGGUCAGGGCGGCCGGCCCGUCCAGGGUUAUACCACGGUUCUACUUCCCCAAGGGCCGGCCGCCACCUGCCCAUCAGCAGGACCACGCGUUACACAAAGUCCAGUCCGCCUUCGCUACAUUUCCAAAUAGUCAGGUUCCUCGGGAGAGUUUCAAACACAUAGUAAAAGCCUGCGAGUGCCCACUUUACUGGAAGAUGCCUUUGUUCCUUGCAACGCAGCAGAACCUCCACGCUCCAGUGGAUGGCCACAAAUUCAUAGACUUUUGGAGGGAAAUGAGUACAACUUGCCACGACCAAGCUUCAAGAUUCGUGUACAUCUUAACAAGAGGCAAAAGCAAUACUCUCUCACCAGAGGACUUCGUUCCUUUAGUCCAGGAUGUUGUGGACACACAUCCCGGCCUGUCCUUCUUGAAGGAAGCCACGGAGUUCCACUCGAGAUAUGUUCAUACUGUGAUCGCCAGGAUAUUCUACUGCGUGAACCGAUCGUGGUCUGGCAGGAUAUCGAUCCCAGAACUCAGAAGGUCCAACUUUCUACAAGUCAUCCAGCUUCUAGAGGAUGAAGAAGACAUCAACCAAGUUACACAAUAUUUUAGCUACGAGCACUUCUAUGUGAUCUACUGCAAGUUCUGGGAGCUGGACAAAGAUCAUGACCUCUUCAUUGACAAACACGACCUCGGCAGGCACAACGACCAUGCUCUCUCCAGCCGCAUGAUAGAGCGUGUCCUCUCUGGGUGUGUCACGCGUGGCAACCAGAACCGCCUGACGCCCCGGGGUGAGCCACGGAUGUCCUACACCGAGUUCGUGUGGUUCCUACUCGCUGAAGAGGACAAGAGCCAUCCCACGGCCAUCGAGUAUUGGUUUAGAUGUAUGGACCUUGACGGAGAUGGCUUCAUCUCUAUGUAUGAGCUGGAGUACUUCUACGAGGAGCAGAUGCAGAGGAUGGAGGCGAUAGGAAUCGAAACUCUUCCCUACAAUGACUGUUUAUGUCAGAUGCUGGAUAUGGUCCAUCCAGCUCAGCAGGGCAAGAUAACGUUGACCGACUUGAAAAAAUGUAAACUCACCCCUAUCUUCUUCGACACAUUCUUCAACCUGGAGAAGUACUUGGACCACGAGCAGCGGGAUCCCUUCGCUACCCAACGGGAUUCUGAUUCAGAGAUGUCUGAAUGGGAUCGCUUCGCUGCUGAAGAAUACGAAUUACUCGUAGCGGAAGAGGGAGGCAGCGACGCGCAGGAUCAAAUCUCAUACGAUGAAACGGACGACGACUGUCUGUCGCCGAAUAUUGACGACGUUCGCACAGAAGUUAUAGAAGAUUCGAGCGUGGAAGACUCAACCCUCAGCGACAGCAUCUCCAACCCUCGGGGGAAGGAGGCCGGGCGACCUUCGGGCUACGUCAACCUGAGUACAAUUUACGCCCUGGGCACUCCGGACCGAUGGGCCAAGGCGAACGCCCCGGAACGUAAGACAGAGAAACCCAUCCCACCAGAAAAACCGGUCAGCCUAAUGAUGAUGAACGGGAAGAUGGACAGGUUCAACAACCUAAACAACAGUUUUCUCUACUCCCAAAUGUUAAAUCCGAGAGCGAAAGAUCCGCCGUCUUACACCGCGGCCACCGCUGGCUCGGACAAGGAGGCGAAGAAUAUCGCGUCCCCGAAGAAAUCGCCCACGAGCCCGGUCAACGGAGUCAGCAAGAUCUCGGACAACUACGAACGAGCGGUCGCAGAGAGACUGAGUCCUCAACGGGAGAUCUCCAGACUGAACAGAAGCGUCUUCAGCAAAGUGAACACCGGCAUCGUGGCCAGCAAAGUGAAGAACACCGGUUCGCGGAACGACGAAGAGGACGACGAUUACGCGCGGGACAGUGACGAGUGCUCAAUAUAGAGUGAACCAAAGACUUGUACGUUAGAGAAUUUAGCGUAUCCUGAGGUACGUGCCUUGUUCGUUGGAUUAUCGAUUAGGAAGUAGAUUUGGACGUAGAACGGUGUGUUUUAACAUCGCGUUGUUAGUCAAGUAUUAUUCGGUAUUCGAUUUAUUACGCAUACGCAUUCAUGAACGAACGGAGACAGUGCUGAUUGAGAUGCACACUGAAGUAUCUCAAUUGGUCGGGAGUAGAAAAUUGUUUAGUAUACGGGUCCUCUUUGUACGGUAUUUGAUACGAGUCGUUCUUCUGCCUUUUUAAAAAACCAAAAUAAAAACACGGCUUAGUUUGCUUAAAACAUUAUCUCUAUAUAUCAAUAUUAGCAGCGGUAUUUUGAAAAUGUUCAUAUUAAAUUAAUUGGAUACAUGCAAAGUCGUCUUCCAAGUCGCGCUAACACAGUGCCGUGCGCUGUUGUCAUUAGUCAACUGUCACUGUGUGUCAGUUGCAUGACUUUGUGAGACAACCAUUUCUACUUGACUGUCUAUGUUAAACUAUGUCAAGCUCCAUCUUUCAGAUGUCAAUUGCCAGUGUCGUAUGUCAAGUUUAAGUUGGCGCGACUUUGAGAGACACCCAUCUCUACUUGACUGUCUACGUUAGUUAAGAAUAAAAAUUCUGCUUUAAAAACGGCCUCCACAAUCCGUCUCAAAUCAUUCAUAUCACGGCUCCAUCCAUAGCGGCAUAGAUUCCCAUCAAUCGCUUUAAGCAUACUAAAAUAUUAAUAAACACGCACAGAUGUGACUUAGAAUAGUAUAGGUAAAUAUUUUUAUAUCAAUUCCGAAGGACAAAUGAAAAGCUCGUAGAAAAUUUCUUCAAAAUAAUGUAUUAUAUUAAUUAACCCGAGUUAAAUUGGUUAACCAAUGUUUUUGCUUUUUAGAAUAGUUAUCUUAACUUUUAAAGACAAGAUAACCGUGCCAGUUUACUGUUUUACCUUAAUGUUAAGCAAAGGGGUUUAAAUAUGCUAGGCAUAUGGUUAGAAGUGUUUUCAAAUAAUAGGAGAAUAUUUCAAAUGUUAUAUUAUCAACAAGUAAUGGGAAAAAAAGUACUGUUGAAUAGGGUUAUCCAGUGUUUUGAGUCACUUAAGACAAAACUACAUUGUUAUAAUAACAUCAAAAGCAAAAAUAUCUCAAAUAAGAACCUCAUAAUAUAAAUUCUUUUAAAAAUCUUAUAAAUUCAGUUUAAAGGACGGCUUUCCAAAAGUUUUAGAAAUUCUAAAUUCUAUAGGGAUUUAGUUAGGUCAUAUUUUAGCGGUUUACAUUAUCAAACACAGGCAUUUAUUAUAAACUUAUAAUAUUUCUAAAAAUAGAAAUAAAAUACUGUAAUUUUAAAGUUAUUUUUAAGUCUACUUUUACACCAAGAGAAUAAACCUUAAUAUUACUAAACAUACUAGAUGGCGCUGUGUCAAUUUCAAAACGCAUCAUUCACUGAAUGUCACCGAACGCUGAAAGCAAAAGCUGUCCCAUAUUUAAAUCUCUUUGAAAUUAUAGUUUGUACAUUGCUUUGAACAUAACAAGCAGCUGUAUAUAUGCUUAAACAUCGCUAGUUUUACAUUUUUUAUCUAGUCUACAGGGUGCUUAACUGUUUGUUUGAAUAUAUAACUCGGCGUAUUUCUAUUGGGAUCAAAAGCAAUAAAGGAGUGAGUUGCAUUUGACUCAUUAUAAUUACUUUUAUUUACGAAGUAACAAGACGUUACUAUCAAGUUAUUUUUUUUAGGACGAUCAUUGAUAUUAUUAAUUUACAAAAUGUCAACGGGGAAUGUAAGUUACAACUGUCACGGUCUUUUUAUAUAACAUUUACCGGAGAGUACCGGGAAAACCAUUCCUUUUACAUGAAACAUGGUAACAAAAAUAUUAAGUCAAGGUUUAUAAUACAUUAAAUCAUAAUUGAUAGAUUACUAUUAUUAUCUAUGUCUAGUGUCAAUAGUAAUUUUGACAAUUUGGAAUAAGCAUAUUGUGUUUAUGUAUAUAUAACAUUAAUUUACUGCUGCAGCCAAAGAAUGGUAUGUAUCACUGUCAUUAAGUUCUUGUAUUAGCAUUUUUGGUGAGUUUUCAUUCGCCGGUGAAAUUGUCACAAUUUUACUUUUAGUCUUGGCAGUAUGUCAAAUUUUGACAACUUAUUUUCAUAUAUUGCGUGAUAGACAAGUUUGCGCGGGAUGAUAGAAUAGUGAAUGAACAAAAUGAUUUUGCCCACACGCAGAUAAGACGCGCUCUCAGGUUGUAAUUAUAUGUGUUUUACCUGUGACUCAAAGUUGCAGUGACGAUCUUUACCAAUUAUUAACCAAAAAAACUUUUGUUCACAUUUUAACAAAUUUUAUAAAUAUGUUGUUUAUUAAAGUUGACUUAGAACGUAAGUUGUGUUGUAGUUUGUAUGUUUGUUUCUGUAUGUUGUGCGAAGCUACGCAUUUACUAAUAAAUUUGUGUGUGAAUUGUAGUUAUGUGGGAAAGUGUUUAUAAUUGUUACUAGGACAACCUAGGCCUCUAAUUGGUACUAGGACUACCUAUAUCUUCCAUUUUAAUAACCCCAAUUAUUUAGUGCCAUUAUAAUAUCACUUUUGUAAAACAAUUUUAUCUUAAAAAUUCUUACUAAUUAAUGAGGCGUUAAUUAUUACUAACGCAUUUUCACAAGCUUAACCCUUAGCGGAAACACAAAGCCAAACCAAGCCAGGCAUUACUAACGGUCUGUGUCUAUCCCAUAGAUUGUAGCUUGAAAUCUGAAUAUUGAAUCUGUACAAGCACUUCUUGUGAUGUCAUGAAGUUUUAAUACAAAUUCUAACAUUUCAAUUUUACAUAUUACCCGUGCUAAGGGUGAAGUAAUUGUCACAUUUUGACUUACAGCUAAUGAAUUAAUGUUUGUCAAAAAUGUUAUGUUUGUAUGUUAAAAAUAAGCAAUAUUUGAAAAUUAAAAUUAAUUCUAGGAAUGGAAAUGGGCUUGUUUUUCUUUAUUAAUUUCCUAUUAGUGAUAACUGAGAAAAUAAUGUAUAUUAAUUACCAUUUCUUUAAGUAUUGUUAACCAAUUUGUAUGGAUUGUCAGUAGUUAAGGCUGUAUGAUAAUUUAUUUAGUGUUGUUUUUCUAGGCAUAAAGAAACUUAUAUUCCUAUAUGUCACAUUUUAAGUGCAAUUUUAGGUCUUGUCAAAAAUUAAAUUGCAAUUACAUACAAAUAAAUUUGUUUGAAUUUUCUGAAAACGCUAGAAGUGAUUUAGUAUGUUAACAUUAAUAAUAGGCACUAUGGAAUGA